AUGGUCCAAAGGGGGAAGCGAGAGGAGCAGCAGCGCAUGCGUGGGCGAAGGACCGGUGCUUGUGUGCGGCCCCUGCGCAUUGGGACACCCAUUGGUUCAAGCUCCCAGACCGCAGACACCGGGUCCAGCGCCAUCACUGGCCUGUUAGGGACAAACUGUAAUUUCGAGCGCCUUGAGGAACUUGGACACCGGCCCCCUCCUUACUUUUUGGAAGUUAUAAUUCCAACGAAGGAGGUGGAAGCUGCCCAAGUCCUGAAACAAGAACCCUUACCUGAGAAGGUGGAGGUGUCAGAGGAGGAAAAGAGUGAGGUCCUUUAUACCCGUCCACUCUGGUCCAACAGGGUUGAAUACAUCCUGGCCCAGGUGGGCUACUCUGUGAAGGCAAUCAGUUUUUGGAAUUUUUCCAACCUGUGGCUUCAAAAUGGAGGGUGUUUUCUCAUCAUAUACGUUGUCUUGCUCUUCUUGGUCGGUGUUCCUCUCGUCUUUCUGGAGAUGGCAGCUGGUCAGAGGAUGCGUCAGGGCAGCCUUGGUGUAUGGAAGAUCAUCAGCCCCCACAUUGGUGGGGUGGGGUAUACCAGCUUCAUGGUGUGCUUCAUCGUGGGCUUGUACUGCAAUGUGUACAAUGCCUGGAUUCUCACCUACUUGAGCCAUUCCUUCCAGUUUCCUGUUUCAUGGGCGCGUUGUCCCCUACUGAUGAACUCCAGUGACUUUGAUCCUGAAUGUGCAAACACAACGCCCUUCCUAUACUUCUGGUACCGGGUGGCCUUGAAGGUCUCAGACAGAAUUGAGGAUGGUGGAUCACCAGUCGAUAGUCUGAUCCUGCCGUUCUUGGUGUCUUGGUGUCUUGUUGGUGCUUUCAUGAUUAAUGGGCUCAAGUACAUCGGGAAGGUAAUGUAUGUCUUGGUCCCAGUGCCCUAUCUCAUCAUGCUUUGUUUCUUCAUCCGGAGUCUGCUGCUGGACGGGGCAAAAUUGGGCCUUGGCUAUUUGGUGGCUGGCAAGAUAUCGGCUAUGUACAGCGUGCAUGCGUGGUGCCAAGCAGGGUUCCAACUCUUGUUUUCCUUGGGUCUCGGCUAUGGCUCCAUUGUGUCCUUAGCUUCGCACAUGAAGCUGUCCAACAACUGUCUCAGUGAUGCCUUUGUUGUGGCUCUCUUCAACCUGGGCGCCAUGCUCCUUGCCACAACUGUUAUCUUCUGUGUCGGGGGCUUCUGGGCCACCGUCCUCACACACCGCUGUAGUGAGAAGAAUGCUGAAACACUUUCAAGGCUGGUAAGCCUAGGGGAACUGCCUCCUGAGGCCCAGCCCCCUCCAAACCUCUUUGAUUACCCGACCUCCAUCUACACCGCCUGGCUCAACAGUCUUUCCCCGUCCAUCAGGAGCAUGGUCCUUAGCCACGUGCCUGAGUGCAGCUUACAGAAGCAGUUUUUGAAGAUUGGAAAGGAUGCAACCUUUGCAUUCCUGUCCUUCAUCGAAGCCAUGUCGUUCAUUUCUGGGUCGGUCCUGUGGUCCAUUCUCUUCUUCCUGAUGUCUCUCGCCUUAGGGCUGAACUUCGUGAUAGGGAUCCUGCAGGGCAUCAUCACUCCUCUCCAGGACACCUUUUCUUCCUUCAGGAAACAUACAAAGCUGCUCACAGCGUUUGUCUUUGUGCUCAUGUUCCUGUGCGGCCUCUUCGUCAUUCAACCUUCAGGCUUCUACUACGUCAGAAUGCUGAAUGACUACUGGGUGAUCCUCCCCGUAAUCCUCAUUAUCACACUUGAAACCAUGGCUGUGGGCUGGGCCUAUGGGGCCAGAAGGUUCCUUGCAGAGUUGACGAUUCUGUGGGAUCACCCCAUCCAUCCCAUCAUUCGCUGGCUCUGGUGCUGUCUGUGUCCAGUUGUGCUGCUAGGCCUGUUGGCAGCCGUUGUGUAUUAUCAGUCUCAGAUGACGUGGACCUAUGUGUCCUGGGACUCAAGCACUUCAAAAGAGGUGCUUCGACAAUUCCCGUUCUGGAUGCUUCCCAUAAUGAUUGUCCUGUCCCUCCUCGUCAUCCUCCCCGUCCCCAUAUACUUUUUGUAUAGCCUCACCCAUCCCAUUCCCUUCAAAUCCUCGAGCUCGAAUAGGGCUGUCAUAUCCUCCACGUCCCUAUCCCUAAGUAUGCGUAUAACGCCCAUUAAAAAGGUCCAAAAGGAGGAAAUCCUGCAAGGUAAUAAUCAAAUUGCUGAUUCACCUGUUGUGUGACGUCCUAACUUCAUUCACGAGGCCUGACAUCACACAUCCCUCAAAACAGCUCUAGCAGGCAACUCUUGAAUACCAACUUGGAACUACUGAUGUCCUUGGACCCAGAACUCCUUUUAUUCCCAAGGGUAGGAGCAUUAUUUGGGGGGCUCUUGGGGCCUGGCUUGGCAUCCUCUUUCCUAGGCCCCUCUGGUUGCCACUGUCUUUGGGUUUUUCCCCUCCCUGUCCUCAGCAUGUACACAUAUCCAUCAUAUACAUACAUCGUCAGUGAUGCCAACUGAACCUGCUUCUUAACUGGUCUGCCCAGCUCCUGGAAUGGAGCUGGAGG